AUGAACAGAAAAUUUACCAGAAGAAAUUCAUGUGUCCUUCUCUCAAUAUUCAGUAUUUUAAUUUAUAUAAUUAUUCAUAGAAAAUUAUACCAGCAAUUUCAAAACCAACGAUUUCAUCAACGACUCCAAGCAGAUGACAGUGAUUUCACCUCCUCAUUCCUCCACGUGGACUCUACUGGCAACUCCCAGAAUACGUGUGUGCUCCCUGACUAUGAUAUCUGGCAUCCGGAUAUUAAGAAAGUGUUGACUGCCAAAUUUCCGACGAACAAUUGUGAUAAGAGCUUUGAGCCAUGGACACAACUGGUCAAUUCCACGUGGCACGUUGUCAACCAGGAGGCGGAGUUGUGUUUGGCGAGAUGCAUCGAACAAGUGCGUGCGAGUCGAGAAGUGAUUUUGGGCAAAUGGAUGACACCUGGAUACGUGGAUUGUGAAUUCCUGGAAGCAGUUUGUUGGGAAGGUGGAGUGGAAGUCUAUGGAUACAUUCAUACACAGAUUCUACCAAAAACUCCGGCCAUUCCCCCUCUCCACAAAUCUCCUCAUCCAAACGUGUUCUUCCUUAUGAUCGACUCGCUGAGCACCGGAAUGGCAAAACGGUCAUUUCCAAAGUUUCUCGAGUAUUUUCAGUCAGAAUUCAGUGGAAUCCAAUUCCCAUAUGUGAAUACAGUAGGCGAGAACAGUCAUCCGAAUGGAGUCUCUCUUUGGUUCGGGAAAUCAGUUGAAUUUGGACACAAAGUGACUGGAGAGGAGAUAGACGCAGAUUGGAAUGGUGUCGAUAAGUGUGGGAGGUAUAUCGAUAAUGAGACACAUUUGUUCAACCAAUUCCGGGAUUAUGGGUAUACGACCCUUCUAACCGAGGAUUGGCUGGUCGAGUUGAUGGACUCUUACCCAUUCUGCAAGGGUUUCCUCAACAAACCGGUAGAUCACAUGUUCCGCCCGUUUACCGCUGUCUAUGAUAUAGUCGGAAUGGAUAUAACUAGACAACAUUUGGAAGGACACCUUUGUCGGGAGAUUCAUGAAGCUGCAAUGGAGUAUUGGGAGCAGGCGAUGAAUGCUUAUAGAGACCGCCCAUUAUUUGCCUUCUCUUGGCUUAUAGACCUUGCUCAUGAGUACCCGGAUGGGCCCGUGAGAUUCGAUGACUACUUGACGCAGUUUUUUGAGAGAAAUCGUGAAAUUCUAGACGAUUCUUUUAUAUUUAUUAGUGGAGAUCAUGGAAUCAGAGUGGGUGAUCACAUCACAUCGGAAAUCGGAUCGUUCGAAAGGAAUAAUCCAUUUCUUGCGAUUUCGGUGCCGAAAAAGUUUCGAGAUGAUUCGAAAAAUGGAAUGUUGGAAGUGAUGAGAGUGAAUUCUAACCAAUUACAGACUCAUUUCGAUACGAGGGCAACAAUUGUGGAUAUCAUUAUGUACCAACCUGAAACCGGCUUCACUGACCGUAAUCCCUUAUCGAUUCCCGAUGAAAAAGGGCACUCUUUGCUACGGAAACAACCGAAAUUCCCGAGAACUUGUGCAACACUUCCAAUUCCCAGUCAAUACUGUAUUUGUCAGGUGAAGAAGACGAAAGUUAAGGAUGAAAACCUUAAAAUGCGUCUCGGUCAGAAAGUUCUGGAUCAUGUGCACAUGCAACUAGACAAAUUGAAUUUCACAUCCAUCUGCCGGAAAUAUAAGUUGAAAGAGGUCCCAUCCCUCAUCGAAUACCACUACAGUACCACCUGGAAUACGUAUGAAAUCGAAGUGAAAACUCAUAAACCGAGUGAAGUCCAUUUCCAGACAAUGAUAACGUACAACCCGAAGACACAUACUGCUACCGUCGCAAAAGUGGUCAGAAUGGAUCGAUAUGGGGGUACUGCUUCAUGCACUACGAAGUAUCUUGACACUCCAACGUGUUACUGUAGAAUACAAGGACCUCUUUCUUAUAUCACUAAUUUAUUUGACUGGUUGUAUUAA